AGCUCCUGACAAACUCGAGUCCGCCAGCAUCUUGCUGCCCACAAAGGUUGGAGAUGGCAGUCUUUCCAAACUCCUGUCUCCCCGGGUGUCUGCUCGUCUUCAUUCUCCUCCAGGUGCCCGAGCUGGAUUCUGCUCCCUUUGACGUGAUUGGACCCCCGGAGCCCAUCCUGGCGGUGGUGGGUGAAGAUGCCGAGCUGCCCUGUCACCUCUCCCCCAACGUGAGCGCCGAGCGCAUGGAGUUGCGGUGGUUCCGAGAGAAGGUCUCUCCCGCGGUGUUCGUGCGCCGGGAAGGGCGAGAGCAGCCCGGAGAGCAGAUGGCCGAGUACCGGGGGAGAGUGACGCUGGUGGAGGACCGCAUCGCGGAGGGGAGCGUCUCUGUGAGGAUACAGGACGUCAAGGCCUCUGAUGAUGGGGAGUACCGAUGCUUUUUCAGGCAGGACGAAAACUACGAAGAGGCCACCGUGCAUCUGAAGGUGGCGGCUCUGGGCUCUGAUCCUCACAUCCACAUGGAAGUUCAAGAGAGUGGAGACAUCUGGCUGGAGUGUACCUCAGUAGGAUGGUACCCAGAGCCCCAGGUACAGUGGCGAACUCCCAAGGGAGAGGAGUUUCCAUCCGUGUCAGAGUCCAGGAACCCUGAUGAAGAAGGUCUGUUCACCGUGGCAGCUUCAGUGAUCAUCAGGGACACCUCCAUGAAGAAUGUAUCCUGCUGUAUCCGGAAUCUCCUUCUCGGCCAAGAGAAAGAAGUAGAGAUUUCUAUACCAGCUCCCUUCUUCCCAAGGCUGACUCCCUGGAUGGUGGCUGUGGCUGUGGUCUUGAUGGUCCUAGGACUUCUCACAAUUGGGUCCAUAUUUUUCACUUGGAGACUAUACAAGGAAAGAUCCAGACAGAAGAGGCAUGAAUUCAGCUCUAAAGAGAAACUCCUGGAAGAGCUCAAAUGGAAAAAGGCCACAUUGCAUGCAGUUGAUGUGACUCUGGAUCCAGAUACCGCCCACCCCCACCUCUUUCUGUAUGAGAAUUCAAAAUCUGUCCGAUUGGAAGAUUCACGUCAGAAACUGCCUGAGAAACCAGAGAGAUUUGACUCCUGGCCUUGUGUGUUGGGUCGUGAGGCCUUCACCUCGGGGAGACAUUACUGGGAGGUGGAGGUGGGAGACAGGACUGACUGGGCAAUCGGGGUGUGUAGGGAGAACGUGAUGAAGAAAGGAUUUGACCCCAUGACUCCCGAGAAUGGGUUCUGGGCUGUGGAGUUGUAUGGAAAUGGGUACUGGGCGCUCACCCCCCUGCGGACCCCUCUCCCAUUGGCGGGACCCCCCCGCCGAGUUGGGAUCUUCCUGGACUGUGAAUCAGGAGACAUCUGCUUCUACAACAUGACUGAUGGAUCCCAUAUCUAUACUUUCUCUAAUGCCUCUUUCUCAGGCCCCCUCCGGCCCUUCUUCUGCCUGUGGUCCUGUGGUAAAAAGCCCCUGACCAUCUGCCCAAUCACUGAUGGGCUUGAGGGAGUCACAGUAGUUGCUGAUCCCAAGGACCUUUCUAAGGACAUCCCACUCUCGCCCAUGGGGCAGGACUCUGCCUCUGGGGAUACAGACACCCUCCAUUCUAAACUGAUCCCUCCCCAGCCCAGCCAACGGGUACCUUAAGGAAUACCCCAGCUCAACCGUUUCCCUUCGCUCUUACCCCCUUCUCUAUCAUCCCCUGGGGCUUCAUCUGCCAGCUGUACCC